UUUGGCACAGUAGCUGUCGCCUGUCAGUUAUAGAUUUCUAAACGAAAAUUUCUCAUAACCCACUUUGAGGCCUUUAUUUUCUUUUGUUGUGUUUUUCGUAUGUUUAUGUCGUACUUUAAUUUGUUUAAUGUGGGAAGUGCAUUUCAAGCUGGCUGAUACAUUUAUGAAAUGACGUAGUAGUACAAAUAUUAUGUGUUUCGUGUGUUUAAUGAGAAUAUUUUAAUGGAGUUGAAGGUCUGGGUCGAGGGAAUACAAAGGAUCGUUUGUGGGGUCACAGAGACUACAACUUGCCAGGAUGUAGUUUUCGCGUUAGCUCAUGCCACUGGCAAAGUUGGCAGAUUCACGUUAAUAGAACGGUGGCGGAAUAAUGAACGUCUUUUGGCACCUCAAGAAUUUCCCCUCAAGAUUCUAAUGAAGUGGGGUGAAUAUUCAAAUGACAUACAGUUCAUACUGAGGAGAUCAGAAUCAGGCAGUAAUCAGAAACCUCAAUUGUCUGCCAACACAAGGUCUCCUAUAGGAAAUUGUAAUCACAAUACAUCAAAUCCCAACAUAGUGGACUCUCAAAGCUCACCAAACAGAAUAAACACAGUAGCAUCAUAUAACAAUAAUGUAAAUAAUACAUCACCUGGGAACCCUGUUGGUGUGGUGAAGGGUGUGCAGCAAGCCAAAAUACCUGACUCGGAGAGCCCUGUGUUGAAAGAUGUCCCUCCUUAUAGAGAGCCGCCUCCACCAUAUCGUUCACCACCGCCUCCCUCGCAAGCCGUACGAAAAUCUCCGAAUCGCUUGCGCAAUCGUCAGUCGCAUAUGUCUCCCGUCAACCUGCCUGAAGAAAACUCUGAGAACCGGAGCCCCGAGGCUGUUAGCUAUAACACUCAGUAUAGGGAGCUUGUUUCUCUUGUGAAUUACCAGCGGGAAAAACUAUCCAGUCAGCAAGUUGAUCUUAUUAAGUAUGAUGCGGAAAUUGGUUACUGGGAAAACAAGGGCCGUGAACAAGAGAGGCAAGUAGAGCUGCUGCAACAACAAAUUGGUUCUGCUGACAAUCAGCUCAGAAUAAGUACUGAACAGGUGCAAGCAUUAACCUAUGUGGAAGAAGAGAGUGAAAUAGUCAAACAGAAUGAAAAAACUCUAAAAUCUGAGAUUGUUUUGGUGCAUUCAAAAUUAGCAAAUUGUGAGACAGAGUUGUUGCAAUGCAAAAAUAAAAUUCGAAAAUUAAUGGAAGAUAUUCACAAUGAGCAGAGACUUAUCAACAGCCGCCAACAAGAUAGCAGACAAGCAUUGGAGCGUUCAAUGCUUGCUGAAAUGGAGAGUUUGCAAAGCCAAAUACAGCAAGCGAAACAUGCCACUGAAAUAAACCACCUAACAGCAGAAAAUUUGAAGAGAGAGGUUGGAGUUUUAGAGAAUGCCAUAAUGGAGAAAAAGCGUCAAGUGGAGCGAUUGGUGCAAGAGAUGAAGGAAGCCAAUCUUCAGAGUUUGACGGGUAGUGUUGAUGAAUUGCGACAUCCACUAGAUGGACUAUGCAAAGCAGGGAGUGCUCGAAGAAUUAUAGGUUCCCCGCGGCAGCUGGAAAAUGCCGCACCAACCAAUAAGAAUCCUCAUGGCGUGUGGGUGUAAACACUAAUAGAGAAAAUUCAUCAUAAUAUUAUAUACACACACUCGAACUGAACAUUGGGUUGAGAAUAUUUCCGUAUGAUUAUAUUAGUAUUUAAUCAGUAUGCAGACUUUAUAUGCAUUUUAAUUAUAGAAUACACGUGUUUUAUGGGUAUUGUUUAUUCAAUGCUUACAGUCUAUAGUUGUGACCACCAAAUAAUAAGUUUAACAAGUAGCAAGAAAAUAUUCUCAAUCAUCUUCUCAGAUUAGUGUUGUUAGAACAAAUGUUUAUAUGAUAUAUAGAACUGAUAUUAUGUGCAUGACAGAGACAGUAACUUGUUAUUGGUCUUUCUUAGUAUUUAGUUAAAUUGUAUUUGUGUUCAAAUUAGUGUCAUAUUUAAAUUUAUUGUCACAAAAUAAUCAAUCCGUUAUAAAUUAACAUAUCGUGAAUGGUUAACAAGGGAGUGUAUUAAAAUAUAUUUUUAUUUAACAAUGAAAGUAUUAUUAUCUUGCCCUAUUUUAUACUAUUGAAUUGUAUAAUAUUCUUUAUAGCAUUCUUAAAAUUGUUUUUUUUUUAUAAUUAGAUCUAAAAACAUAUGAAAUAUAAAAUCAGGCAUGCAUUUUUAUAAGGAUGCAUUUUUUGUAGUGUGCAAAGAAUUGAUGUCUAAUUUAGUGUGUGUGCUUUUAAAAAUGCUUUGAUUUCUAAAGAAAAUGUUUCUUUGGACUUUGUAUGAUGUCCUAAUUGGUUAAAUGUAUACCUACGCAAAUAAUAAUGCUCAAUUAUUUCGUUGUAAUUUGACUUGUGUUAUUUACGCUAUACCGACGGAUGCUAAUAGUCUAUUUGUAACUAAUUGUGCCGUUUAUACCAUAAAAAUAUAGAUCAAAUAUAGUUAUGACCAUGUAUUAAUUAUAUAGAAGAAUUUUGGUACUAAUUCAUUGUAUCUUUAUAAAUAACCUAUGAAGUAUACUAUAUUGCAUUAUAGCGAUAAUUUAUAAUAAUAAUAAUAAUAAAUCUAGUCGAAAGUAUAGGCCAUUGCAAUAUGUUAUAAUGCCAUUUAUCUUCUAAAACAUAGCAAGAAAAAUAAAUAAAAUUAUGCUAUAUAGUGAAAUAAAAUGAGAUUUCCUAUUAUACCAACUGUUAGAGACUCGAUCUGUAUUCUCUUUAUUUCCGUGAUUACUGAUAGUGUUUAGAAAAAUUAUGUAUUAUUCGCAUAUUAAAUAAAUCGUACUGGAAAUUAU